UGCUUUGCUUUGCCUACCUACCUACCUACCUACGUCACCCCGCGCAUGCGCACUGACCCUCCCUCGCUCGCAGGCAACAUGGCGGACGUUCUCGAACUUCACGAAGCGGGAGGCGAAGAUUUCCCUAUGGAUGAGGACGAAAGCAUCCACAAGCUGAAGGAGAAAGCCAAGAAGAGGAAAGGACGAGGUUUCGGUUCUGAUGAAGGCGCCAGGUCUCGCAUGAAAGAAGACUACGACACCGUGGAGCAGGAUGGAGACGAGCCGGGUCCUCAGAGAUCCGUGGAGGGUUGGAUCCUUUUUGUGACGGGCGUGCACGAGGAGGCCACGGAGGAGGACAUCAACGAAAAGUUCUCCGAGUUCGGCAAGAUCAAGAACCUCAACCUCAACCUGGAUCGCAGGACGGGAUACCUCAAGGGUUACGCUCUGGUGGAGUACGAGACCUACAAAGAGGCCCAGGCCGCCAUGGAGGGCCUGAACGGCCAGGACCUGAUGGGCCAGCCCAUCAGCGUGGACUGGGGCUUCGUCCGCGGGCCUCCCAAAAGCAGGCGCAGAACCGGCGGGCGACGACGCAGCAGGAGUCCUGACAGGCGGCGGCGUUGAACGAGGAAGUUGGCGCCGUACCUGAAGGCCUCUGGCAUCUUCACGCCAAUUUCUCCUUUUCUCUUUUCUUUUCUGUUUGGACACAACUCUGGUUGAGGAAUUUCAGACACAGGGAGAUAAUUUUUGCAAUUUGAUCAGUGGGCUUCAAAAAAACUCCAUUGUCAUCUCUUUGGAAAAAAUGUUGAUUCCCAUUAUUUUGAUUGCAUUGUAUUUUAAGCCAGUGUUUGUUUUUUUUUUUUUUAUAUGACUUCAGGGGAGUAUUAAAAUUUUC